AUGUCGUCAAAGGUCUCACAUGAGGAGGUUGUGUCCAAGAUUCAUCACUUCGUUAUCGUUGGAGGUGGCACAGCUGGCCUCGCCCUCGCCACACGCUUAUCGGAAAACCCAAAGUUUAACAUCCUCGUCCUUGAAGCAGGCGAGAAUAGACUAGGGGAUCAUAAGAUCGAUAUACCCGCUCUAAUGGCCCAACUCUACGAGGACUCAGAAUAUGACUGGUCAUUCAAGUCUACCAAGCAGCAUGCUUUGAACAACCGUGUUGUAGCCCAGCCGAGGGGAAAAGUUCUCGGAGGCAGUUCCGCCAUUAACUUCAUGAUGGUAGCAUACCCAAGUGCUCAAGAUAUAGAUAACUGGGAGAAGCUCGGCAAUCCUGGCUGGAACUGGGCCUCUUUGUUGCCAUAUUAUCGUAAAUCCGAAACAUUCAACCAACCCUUAGCGGAGACCAAAGCUUUCUUGGGCGCUGAUGUUUUCAAUCACGAGAUUUACGGUAAGGAUGGUCCGAUUAAGCUCACGGUUCCCCAUUGUACGAGCCAGGUUGAUGCUGCUUGGACUACAACGCUGAGAAAUCUGGGGCUUGGAGCGAAGCAGGAUCCGCGGGAAGGCCAAACACUCGGGGGAUACGCCGUGCUCAAGUUCAUCGAUCAAAGUGCGCAGCGGAGCUACGCGGCGUCGGCUUAUUACGCACCCAAUGCAUCACAAUUAAAAACGACGGUCAUCACCGGCGCUCAUGUUGUUAAUAGAAUCAUUCUUGAAGCAGUGGAGGGCGAUAAAAUUAGGGCGGCAGCUGUGUCAUUCAUGCUACUGGAAAUAUCCGGAAUUGGAGGAUUCCGAGUGUUAAGUAAUGCCGGUAUCAAGGUUGUUGUAGAUAACCCUAAUGUGGGGGAGAAUAUGCAGGACCAUCCAUUGGUGCCUCUCACCUAUGAAGCUCAAGAUGGCCUUCCUACUGCCGAGACAAUUCAGCAGCCGGGCGUCCUGGCCUGGGCCAUGGCAGAGUGGCAGUCUGGCCCUGAUGGAGACCGAGUCAACAAGCUUCUCAGGCUUUCAGCCACGAGGUCCACCCUGAAGCAAAUACAUUUCAAGAUUCUGGAUGAGCUAUUAGCUGACGAGAAGGAGGCCGACAUCCAAAUCAACUUUGCCCCUGCAGGUUUCAACCCAUAUAUCGGUGAAUCAAUGGCUGGGCUAUUCCCACAUACGGACUCCGGUAACUAUCUUGGAUCUGUAGCUGUUGUCACACAUCCAUUUUCUCGCGGCUCGACGCAUAAAAUUUCCUCAGACCCUAAGAUGCAUCCCAUUAUUGAUCCAAGAUACCUCUCUGACGAGGUAGAUUUCGAGAUGAUGGUCGACGGACUAUUGUUUAUACAGAAGAUCGUUGAAACUGCGCCAAUGGCCGAUAUAGUCAAAACUAACGAAGAUGGCAAUGGCAAAAGGAUACAGCCAGGUUAUAAGAUUACCAGGCCGCUUGAUCGAGCAGCGGCAGAGAGUUUAGUAAGGCAAGCCACAGUAUCUUCUUGGCAUCUCAUCGGAACAUGUUCGAUGAUGCCGCGGAACGCUGGCGGCGUAGUUGACCAUCAGCUGAAAGUCUACGGAGUCGAGCGCCUCAGAGUCGUUGAUGCAAGUGUGAUACCUCUUCAUGUGAGAGGAAAUAUUGCCAGCUCAGUGUAUGCCAUCGCUGAGAGAGCAGCAGAUAUGAUCAAAGAGGAGUGGCAGAUAGAUACAGCGUAG